AUGUCCUUGCCGGCAUCCUACUCGUCGAUACUCUCGGACCUGAACCGGGACGUACUCCGAGCCCAACCGACCGACGCUCUCCAGUUCUGCGCCAACUGGUUCCAGACCCGACUCGAGCAAGAGCGUAGCUCGGCUAGAUCCACCGCUUCUUUUUCCGCCUCUUCGACCGGUGCUGCGAACAUGCCUUCGGGUGCUUCGAGUGGGGCUGCGCCGUCCAGUCGUCUGUCCGGUCAGCUCGCCCCUUCACCCUCACUGCGUAACCGUCAGGUCACUCCGCCUUCGCUUGUCGGUCAAGGCUACACUUUUGGCGGUGCGCGGGGUAUGGACCUCGACGGCGAUAAUAAGCUAUCGCCCUUCUCCGAGAUUCCUCCCGUCGUGCGCGGCGCAGGUGGCUCGUCCCAUUCCAACCGUCCCGGCUCGAACCCGCCUUCGCCCUUCAGUAAGGUCGGCGACCGCGGACUCAACUCGUCGACGGGAUCGUCGUCGACCCCAUCGACGUUCCACCCUGCUCCUUUGACUUUCGGUGGAUCCGCGCUGUCGUCGAGCAUGACCGCCAAGCGUGACAGCGUCGGCUCGAACGACUCGGACGACGAUGACGUCUACGACCCCCGCGACACCUCGUCCGGAUCCGGCAAAGGCACGCUCGGCAUCCCCGUCAACUACAACCUUGGCCGUCGCACUUCCGUCUCGGCAGAGUCGCUCAACCCCGAUCCGGCGGCACCCAUGCCCAAGACCGUGAUCCCCAAGUCCGAGUCGCAGCGCCAGCGCAUCGAGGCGUCCAUCUCGAACAACUUACUCUUCCGCAACCUCGACGAGGACCAACACAACGACGUGCUCAAUGCAAUGAAGGAGGUCAAGGUGCAGGACAAGACCUCAGUCAUCGUCCAAGGCGCCGUCGGUGACUUCUUCUACGUCGUCGAGGAAGGUAGCUUCGAGGCUUGGGUUCGUUCCCCGCCGACGCACAGCUACAACGGACCCGGUAGCUCGACGAUGACCCAGGGCGAGGACAAAAAGGUCGCCAGUUACGGUCCGGGAGGUGCGUUCGGUGAGUUGGCGUUGAUGUACAACGCCCCUCGUGCGGCCUCGGUCGUGGCGACGUCAGAUGCGGUCGUCUGGGCCUUGGACCGCGUGACCUUCCGCUCGAUCCUGAUGGAACACACAUCGCGCAAGCGCAAGAUGUACGAAAGCUUCCUCGCCGAAGUCCCUAUUCUCUUGUCAUUGAACCCUAAGGAACGAGCCAAGAUCGCCGACGCGCUCGAGGAGAAGGUCUACGAGGAAGGCGAACCGGUCGUCGUCGAGGGCGAGGUCGGCAAGAACUUCUACAUCAUCGAGAGCGGUAAAGCAGAGGUGACCAAGCGACGGAAAUCACCCAGUUCGGGCACGUUCAACGAUGAUGUGCUUGGCACGUUGAGCAAGGGCGAUUACUUUGGAGGUGAGUUGGGAACCGUGUUGGCCGUCGCACACCUUUGACCUCUGGGAUACUGACAUCAAUCGAUCGCCUUCAUCAGAACUUGCUCUGCUCAACUCUGCUCCUCGUGCCGCCACUGUCCGAGCGAUGGCCGGUCAAGGUCGGUUACGCGUCGCGACGCUCGGAGAAAAAGCCUUCACCCGCUUGCUCGGCCCCGUGCUCGACAUCCUGCAACGCAAGGCCGAACACUCGUACGGACCUGGGGCGACGUCGGGCCAACACUCGCAACACGACUCGUUCUCGGCCACGUUGGGCGAAUCGCGUGGUCAGACCCCGGGCAUCACCGCCUGA